CGCGACCAAACAUGUCCAAGCCAACAGCCAACUGGGAAAAGGUCGGCGACAAGUUCUACAGGAAGAUCCAGCUCUACCAGGCCGUCUUCGACCAGGAUCUCGAGCUUGAAAACUACCAUGUGGUGGGGGCGCCGUACAGCGGUGCUGUAGCCAUCUAUCGCGAUGAAGACAAGCUGCAGACGUAUCGUGGGCCUGGGGCGUCCAAGUCGAGCAUCGACAUCUACAGCUGCGCGGGCAAGCUGAUCCGAAGCAUCAACUGGGACAAGGGAUCGAUCAAAGGCCUGGGCUGGUCAGAGGACGAGAAGCUGCUCGUCGUCACAGCAGACGGCACCGUGCGCUGCUAUUACGGCCUGCAGGGCGACUUCGUGCCCUUUACGCUUGGCCACGAUGCCGAAGAUGUCGGCGUGGUGUCGUGCAAAUUCUAUAGCACCGGCUUUGUCGCGCUGCUCGGAAACAACCACCUCAUCUCUGUCACGUCGUAUACGGAACCGCGCCCGAAACUCCUUGCCAUCCCGCCGACCGACCCUGUCAUAUCAUGGAGCAUCGUGCCGCCUGCAUAUUCGCUGUCACGCUCAGUCGAGGUCAUUCUUGCCAUCGGCACGACGCUCUAUGUCGUCGAUGCGACGGAAGCAGAAGACCGGAAUUUCGAUGCGGGGCCCUUCAUGCACAUCAGCGUCAGUCCGCGCGCAGAGUUCCUAGCAUUCUAUACGCAAGACGGGAAGGUCUGGGUUGUCAGCGGUGACUGGAGCGAAAAGCUCAGCGAGUACGACAGCAAGAUCAAGACAGUACCCAAGGACAUGGAGUGGUGCGGUUCAAACGCCGUCGCACUGGCGUGGGAGGACGAGGUACAUUUGAUUGGCCCCAGGAGCGCUGCCACAAAGUUCUACUACGACACUUGGGUCCAUUUGCUGCCAGACGUCGACGGCAUCCGCCUCCUCACGAAUGACGUAUGCGAGUUCAUCCAGAAAGUGCCGGACGAAGCGGUCGAUGUCUUCAGGCUAGGGUCUGACUCGCCUGCUGCAAACCUUCUCGAGGCCUCUUCUCUUCUGGAGCAGAAGAGCCCGAAAGCGGAUGACCUGAUCCAGCUGAUACGGCCAAGCCUGGGCGAGGCCGUGGAUACCUGUAUCAAGGCUGCUGCGCACGAGUACAACAUUCAUUGGCAAAAGUCGCUGUUGAAAGCCGCCUCGUACGGAAAGUCGGUGUUGGACCUGUACUCGUCCGACGACUUUGUUGACACAUGCGACACAUUGCGAGUGCUGAACGCUGUGCGCUUCUACGAAGUUGGACUGCCACUCAGCUAUGAUCAAUACCGUCGCAUGACACCCGAGAAACUCGUUGAACGUCUGACGAACCGCAGCGAAUACCUUCUGGCGCUGCGGAUAGCCGAGUACCUGCAUCUACCGGCGAAUCAUAUCUAUGGCCAUUGGGCGCAGCAAAAAGUUCGUGUGUCUACCGACCCGGAGGAAGAGAUAUGCGGCUUGAUUGUCAAGAAGCUUCACGGCAAACCAGGCGUCUCUUUCGAAGAGAUUGCCCGCGCGGCGUAUGACGAGGGCCGUGUUCGUCUCGCGACUGAACUGCUCGAUUACGAACCUAGAGCUGGCAAGCAAGUGCCGCUGCUCCUCAACAUGAAAGAAGACAAUAUUGCGCUUGACAAGGCUAUCGAGUCAGGCGACACUGAUCUCGUCUAUCACGUCCUCCUUCAGUUGCGCAAGAAGCUGCCACUCGCUUCGUUCUUCCGGGUCAUCAACAGCCGGCCAGUCGCGACCGCUCUUGUGGAAUCGUCGGCUUGGGAUCAAGAUCGCGAUUUACUGAAGGACCUGUACUAUCAAGACGACCGGCGACUGGAUGGAUCCAACCUCCUAUUGUCUGAAGCCCUUUCGCAAGACAACCAGCCUGCCGUGCAGGAUAAAUUGAAGCUAGCAUCCAAGUACCUUCAAGACUCUCGCGACAAUGCGGCCACCUUCCAACGCCAGGCCAUAGACGAUGCAGCCAAACUGCUUCGCCUUCAAACACAAUUUGAAACAGACCUUAAUGGGCCGAGAGACGCCUCCGCUGUUGGCGCAUUGCCAGGCCAGACGUACGUUGGUCUCUCGGCAAACGAGACAAUGUUCCAGCUCAUCCGCCACGGACAUACCAAGCGCGCUCAAAAAGUACAGUCAGAAUUCAAGAUCAACGACAAGACAUUUACAUAUGUCCGUCUCCGCGCCCUGGUGGCAGCACGCCAUUGGGUUGAGCUUGAGGAGUUUGCAAAGCAGAAGAAGAGUCCCAUUGGCUGGGAGCCGUUCUUCAACGAGAUUCUCGGCGCCGGCAACACCAGAGUUGCAUCUGUAUUUAUUCCAAAGUGCACGACGCUGUCAGUACCAGAGCGCGUGGAAAUGUGGACCAAGUGCGGGCUGCUGGUCAAGGCAGGCGAAGAGGCCUUCAAAGCAAAGGACAGGGACUUACUCGACGAGAUCCGCGCCAAGGCCGGUGGAAGCGCCGCAGUGGAGAUUGAGCGACUCCUCGGCAUGUUGCCCCAAAGCAAGAAAUAG